AUGACCCAAAACGCGCCAGACGAAACACUCGCAUUGCUCACCCGGUUGAGCCAGAAGCCCGGCGUGCAGAGCACUCUCAUACUGUCGCGCGAAAAUGGCAACAUAAUACGCACUUCUGGCCUCAUCUCGAAAAGCUCGUCAGCAAACCCAAAUAGUACCCUCCCAGCUUCUGGAGAAUCCACGUCCGAGAGCUACGCGAACGGCAGAAAGGAAAGCGGGAUUCAUAGCGCAGAAGAUGUCGCGAGCUCGGUGUGGUCGUUCUUGGCCGCAGCAGGAAGUCUUGUCGAUGAGCUAGAUAAGGAGGACGAAGUGAAGCUUUUGCGAUUGCGAACAAAGAAGAAUGAGUUGGUCGUUGUACCAGAUCCCAAGUUCAUUCUCGUCGUUAUCCAUGAUACUCCUCCUGCCUAG